AUGGGCGAGCCGAGCAGCCCGCUUCGGCGGUCGGACCCCGCGGUGCGGGUCCGCGGCGUCGCCGCGCGCGCGAUGACGGACGGUGCGGUCGACCUGCGGGGCGAUCCGCUCCGCGCGUCCACCCCAGGGCGGCUCCAGGGCGCCGUAUCCGUCGCGUCCCCGGUCGGCGCCCACGCGGUGGAGACCAUCGAGGAAUCACCACCGCCCCCGCCCGCCUCGACGCCGACCGGGGACGACGACGACGACGCGUCGCUCGGACAUCUCAGGGCGCGCAACGCCGAGCUGCGCGAGAGGCUGCGCGAGGCGAGCGACGACCUCGCGCGCGCCAGGGAGCGCGAGACCGCGGUGUCGGGCGCGCUGCGCGCCUUCCGCGAGCGACAGGAGAAGCUCACGCGCGAGCUCUCGUCCGCCGCGGCGACGGAGGCGGAGGUUCGGCGCGCGCACGAGAGAUGCGCGGAGCUCGAGAUUGAGGCGACGUCGCGCGACGUCGAGACGCGCGAGGCGACGCGACGCGCGGAAGACGCCGAGUCGCGCCUCGCGGCGACAGCCGUCGAGCUCGACGAGACGAAAGCGAGACUCGCCGAGCUAGUAGAGCUGCGCGCUAAACCCGUCCCCGCGUCGCCCUCGAGGUCGUCGUCCUCGUCCGGGCGCGCGGCGGAGUCCGUCAGGGACAUCAUCGUCGCCGCGGCGGAGGCGGCGGCGUCGCGCAAACGCGGGCUGCUCAACGGGGCGCCCAAAGGGGAAGGGGACCCGUCGUCCGAGGAUGCCUUCGCGUCCAUCGAAGAAUCGGAAGAGCUCGAGCGACGCGUUCACGCGCGAGUGGAGGAAGCGUUGGCGCAGGCGCAGCGCGAGUGGCGGAGCGAGAUGGACGCGAUGGACGCGGAGCGGUGUGCGGAGGUGGCGUCACUGCGCGACGCCCUCGCCCGCCUUCGCGCGGAGAGCGACGAGGAACGACUCGAGAAUCAAUUCAACGGUGAGAGUCACGAAAAGGAGAGAGCCGACGCCGCGGAAGCGCGGGCGGUCUUGGCGGAGGAACGCGUCGCAUCGGCGGAGCGCGCCGCCGCUACGACCGCCGCCGAGCUCGCGACGGAACGCGACCGGUCCGCGUCGCUCGUAGCGGAACUGGAGGCGGUGCGGCGCGAGCGCGUCGAGGCUGAAAAGGAGCGGAUGAAAAACGCCCUUGACUCCUCCUCCUCCUCCUCAUCCUCUCUCGUCGCUUCCCUGCGCGACGAGCUCGAGGCUACCAAGCGCCUGGCCGCGAUACAGGAACGCGAGGUGGCGCGCGCGACGCACGCCGCCGCGGAGCAGGCGGCGAGAGGCGGGUGGACCUCCGAGCAAGCCUCCGCGGCGGCGGCGGCGGCGGCGGCGGUGCCCCAGGCGCUCCUCGAGCGGUGGAGGACGGAAGUUUUUCGGCUUUUGCUGGAGCAGAGACGCGCGCCGAUCGACGCGGCGACGAUCGCGCGCGAGCACGUCGCGGAGGUGGACGCGCUCCGGGGUACGAUCGCGGAGGUGCGUGGCGCGUUGGAGGUGGCGGAGGCGGCGCGGGACGCCGCGGAGGCUCGAGCGAGAAGCCUCCAAUCCGCGACAGCCGACGCUGCGAAGAAAGCGGAGACGGCGGAGCAAAGGCUCGCGCUAGAACGCGAAAACGCGCAAACGCUCGCGAAGACGGUGGCGUCGUUCGCCGCGCAGUUUGAUCGCAAGUGCGACGCGUUGGAGAACGCCAGGCACACGCUGGAAGGCCUCGCCAGGCGGACCAAAUUCGCUUCGUCGCGGGUGGGUCUCAUCGCCGCUUUACGAACGUCGGACACGACUCGGACAGCGUCGGACAAAACCGUUUCGGAAAACGCCCGGGCGGCUCUCCUCCCACCCCGACGCGACGCCCCCAAACCCCACGACGGCUCCCAGAACGUCGUUCGCGAGCUCGAGGUUGAGAUUACGAGGCUCCAGUCCGAGCGCGCCAUGCUCCUCCGCGAGCUCAAAGCUUCGACGUGCAGAAGAGACAAAGCAAUGACGGACGCCGCCACACGGGCCGACCGCGCCGAAGCGGACGCGAGGGAGGCGCGCGACGCCGCGCUCGCGGGCGCCGCCGACAACCGCCGGCUUCUCACGCGGCUGGAGCGCGCCGAGGCUUGCGUUGAGCGGCUGGAAGGGGAGUGUUUAAGCCUUCGCUCUCGGCUCGAGGAUAGAGACGCCGAGUGCGGCGUGUUACGCGACGAAUUCGAAAAGGCCAAGAAUGGUUUGGCCGAGUCCGCGCGUCGCAAGCUGGACGCCGCGGUGGCCACCGCCAAGGCGGAGGCGGAGACAGAGGCCAAGUCAGCCGCGAGCGGGCUGCGCAGGGAGGCGGACGCGGCGAGGCGGGAGGCGUCGAGAGCGUCGGUGGCGGCUCGAGCGUUGGAGCGAUCGAUGGAGAAGCAGCGCGAGCGCAUGGAGGAGGAGCGCGCCGUCGCCGUCGCCGCGUUGGAAGGGAAGGUUAAAUCGCUGGACGGCGUCGUGAAGGAGCUCAGGCGCGAGCGAAACGCGCUGCUCGCGGACGCGCGCGCGCACAGGGCUCGCCGCAGGCUCGAGGAGCGGAUGGGGCCCGGGGGUUCCGUUAACGGUGUGGAUUCAACGCCGAGCGUUUCGGCUCGGUCGUCUCCGGCGCGAUCGUCCCCUCCCGGGUCGCGCGCGCGCGUCUCGUUCCGCGACGAGAACGCCGCGCCGACGACGGACGGGAUGGGGAAGGUGGCGGCGGCGCGGUCCGUCCGCGAGCGUUACGACGAGCGUUACGACGAGCGUUACGUUGCCGAAGAAACGUUUGAAUUCGGCAAGCCGCCCGCCGCGGCGAAGGGCCGGUCGCUCGGCGCGUUGCUCGAGUCCGCGGCGGGUCCGGAGGGGACGGAGGCCGCCGCCGCCGCCAGCCCCCGCCCGGGCGUUUUCCGAAACGGUCACGACGCGACGGUUACGACGUACGAUCCCUCGUCGUACGCGUCGCCCCCGCGCGCGACGGUAACGGUUUCGAUGGAGGAUCUCGAGAAGAGCCCGAGCUGGCAGCUCCGUCGACGGCUGCAGUCGCUGGAGGCGAGGGCGGCGCGGCUGUUGGAGGAGGAGGAGGAGGAGGAGGAGGAGUGCGCGGUUUGA